AUGAACGGGCUUAGGGCUUCCCACAACACAACCACCCCAUCCAUUCCGGCAGAGCGUCUGUGUGAGCGUGCUUCGACAACCCACUCCCGACAAGACACCCAGCAAUCCGUCAAAAUGGUCAAGAAGCGGGCGAACAACGGUCGUAACAAGAAUGGCCGCGGCCACGUCAAGCCCGUGCGCUGCUCUAACUGCGCUCGCUGCACCCCCAAGGACAAGGCCAUCAAGCGGUUCACCAUCCGCAACAUGGUUGAGUCUGCUGCCAUCCGUGAUAUCUCUGAGGCUUCCGUCUUCGCCGAGUACUCUGUCCCCAAGAUGUACCUGAAGCUCCAGUACUGCGUCUCCUGCGCUAUUCACGGCAAGAUCGUUCGUGUCCGUUCCCGUGUCGGCCGCCGCAACCGUGCUCCUCCCCCACGGAUUCGCUACAACAAGGAUGGCAAGAAGCUGAACCCCCCUCAGGCCAACAAGGCUUUGUAA